AUGCUUUACCAGUUGGUGGUUGCAGGAGUACUUUUCUAUGCUGUGGUGUGCCGGGGGAGCAGCACAGCAAAGAAGGACUCAUCCAGGCUGGAGAAACUAAUCAGGAAGGCGGGCUCUGUGGUCAGCAUGAAGCUGGACACUCUGGUGACAGUGGUUCCUUCAUGUAAUGAUCUGCUAGAGGGUGUGGGGAGCCAUAGCCCCGUCCUCCAGGGCAUGAAGGAGGUAUGGAGGAGAUCAAGGCUCCAGACAUCGAGGCCCCCAGAGUACAAGAGACCAAGGAAGACCAACGGAGGGGCAGCUGCGCCACUCUCACGGGAAGAGCUGAGGAGAGUCCCAGAUGAGGGUCCUUCAUGGAAUUUAUCUGUUUACUCCUUUGGGCCCUGGAAGUCAAGUUUUUGUUCCUGUCUCAAAUGUAUAAGAGAUGGUGAUCCUUGGUUUAGGGAACAGAUUGAUGCAUCUCCUGAACCCUUUUUGCCAAGAAAACACAGCAUCUCAGAGAAUGAUUUCCUCUGGUGGAAGAAAAUAAAGCAGGAAGAAUACGACUUCGCUUUCUUCAAUGCAACAGUAGACAAGGUGUUUGAGAUGCUACCGAUCAUUUCAGAAGAUGUAGAACCCAGGCCUGAUCGCUGCAGGAUUUGUGCUGUAGUGGGGAAUUCUGGUAAUUUGAAUGGAUCACGUUAUGGACCUCUGAUUGAUUUGCAUGAUUUUGUAAUAAGAAUGAACUAUGGGCCGACCAGAGGCUUUGAAGUGGAUGUUGGAACCAAAACAACUCAUCGUGUCAUGUAUCCAGAGACUGCUAGCCUAUUGGACCACACCACUCACCUUGUGUUUUUUCCAUUCAAGAUGGAGGAUUUUUUGUGGCUCCUCGAGAACGUUGGAGAAAAUGGCGAUUUAAACAAACAGAGCCUAGCCAACAAGAAUUUGGUGAGGAUCCUCAAUCCGGCUUUCAUGAAACACGUUCAUCAAGUUUGGUUGCAACAGAAGGGUGCUUAUCCAUCUACUGGCUUCAUGACUUUGGCUUUCAGUUUGAUGAUUUGUGAUGAGGUUAGCGUCUUUGGGUUUGGAGCAGACAGCGAUGGAAACUGGGGCCAUUACUUUGAAAAAAUCAAAGAGGAAAAUUUUGGAACUGGAUAUCAUCCAGGAAUAUAUGAAUAUAAUCUUAUUCAGCAGCUACACAAAAUACAGAAAAUCACAUUGUAUAAAGGACAUUAA